AUGUCUCGUCCUGGUCGAACUCGGGAAGAAAUUGAAGCGUAUGCCAACGAGCUGACAAAGAAGAAAGGAGUGGGAACAGCUGAUGAAAACGAUUCGCCACCAACAGACUUUGGAAAAAUUGCCUUUGGUAGUGCUGGGGGAUACGAUGAGGAUGUGUAUGGUACUGUUCGCGGUAAACGAAGUGAUAAGUAUUCGACCAGUAUUGGAGGUGGUGAAGAGGAAGAGGAAGAAGAUGAUGCGAUGAGAGAUGUCAGUCGGCCUAAAAAUUCAUAUGCUACACAAAAGAAGUUUAUUGAGGAAGCCUCACGAGGCAAUGAGGACGUUGACGUUUUUGCUGAAACACGAACUAAAACGGUCGGCGAGAAACAAAAUGAGUACCAGAAAAGAAUGUACAAUCGGCCAAUCUCACCGGAGCGAAUUGAUCCUUUUGUUGAUCAAACUCCAAGAGCCCAUGAUCGUGGGUAUUCUCAAGUGAUGAAGGAGCAACAAUAUUUGGAAGACAAAGGAAAAGCUGAUCGCGAAAUGAAAGACAAAAUAAAAACCGGCGAACUUCGAGAGGUUGAACCAGAAAAGAAGAAAGCACGUUGGGAUGAGACUCCACAACGUUCUGAGACUGUUCUUGGUGCUGGUGAAGCUACGUCACAAAGAACUGUUGGUGCUGGUCCCAGAAAACGUCUAGAAAUCAGUUCACUAGCUGCUGAUGCUGCAACUCCCCAUGUUCAGCGUUGGGACGAAACUCCAGCGCACGUAGGCGCCGCAGAUGCGACUCCAUCAAUGAACCGUUCGGAUGCGACACCCAGUGCUCAAACUCCCGGCGCUGCAACACCAAGGCGCAACCGUUGGGGCGAAACUCCAGGUCAAAGUGUGCGUGAAACGGGAGCAACGCCCUCAUGGGGAAUGGAAACUCCAGGACGCGGCGGAUUUGACGACAUUAAGGUUGAAGAUACUCCUUCCGCUUCUGUGAGACGCUCACGCUGGGAUAUGACUCCUGCUCAAACACCACAGGCAGGAUCACAAACGCCGAGUACUGCGGCCACCCCUUCUCGCUUCACACCGCAGCAACCUUUGGGAGGAAUGACACCGUCUAUGUUAACCCCUGGUGGAAGUACGCCUGUCGGAAAUGCUGCCAUGGCUAUGAAAACUCCUGCAGUCCCGAUGAUGCCAAUGACUCCAGAUCAUUAUCGUUAUCAAGAGGACCGAAACAGAAUAUGGACUGAUGAAGAACUCGACACUCUAAUUCCUGACGGAUAUGAAAUUUUGGCUCCUCCACAGGGUUACGUUCCCCUUCGCACUCCAUCCAGAAAGCUCAUGGCUACACCAACACCAAUGGGUGGACUCGCUGCUGGCUUCAUGAUGCAAGGAACUCCGGAACGAGAAGGGCUUGGGGAUAAAGGCGUUGGUGGUAUGGUCAAUCUGCAACCAAAAGAUGACGAGCUUCCACCGCUUAAACCCGAGGACAUGCAAUACUUCGAUAAACUUUUGCAAGAUGUGGAUGAGAAAUCAUUGUCGCGGGAGGAACGAAACGAACGUGAAAUUAUGGGUUACCUGUUGAAAAUAAAAAACGGAAUGCCAACACAGCGUCGAAGUGGCUUGAGAAAGAUAACGCAAAAUGCUCGUCGCUUUGGAGCUGGCCCACUAUUCAAUCAAAUUCUGCCUUUGUUGAUGAGCCCAUCUUUGGAAGAUCAAGAGCGGCACUUGAUGGUUAAAGUAAUUGAUCGGAUUCUUUACAAAUUAGACGAUUUGGUGAGACCCUACGUACACAAAAUAUUGGUCGUUAUUCAACCACUUUUGAUUGAUGAGGAUUAUUUUGCUCGGGUUGAAGGCCGUGAAAUCAUUUCCAAUCUUUCAAAAGCGGCGGGGCUUGCUACUAUGAUUUCUACGAUGCGUCCUGACAUUGACAACGUUGACGAAUAUGUGCGUAAUACUACUGCUCGUGCAUUUGCUGUAGUAGCUUCGUCUUUGGGAAUUCCUUCUUUGCUACCAUUCUUGAAAGCCGUGUGCAAGAGUAAAAAGAGUUGGCAAGCGAGACAUACAGGUAUCAAAAUUGUUCAACAAAUAGCCAUUUUGAUGGGCUGUGCCGUGCUACCUCAUCUUAAAGCCUUGGUCGAAAUUGUUGAAAAUGGACUUGAAGACGACCAACAAAAGGUGCGUACCAUUACGGCUCUUUGUCUGGCUGCUCUCGCCGAAGCCUCGGCUCCAUAUGGUAUCGAAGCUUUUGACUCUGUGCUCAAACCACUUUGGAGAGGUAUCCGUCUUCAUAGAGGCAAAGGUCUCGCCGCCUUCUUGAAAGCCAUUGGGUUCCUCAUUCCUUUGAUGGAUUCUGAAUAUGCCAGCUACUAUACGCGUGAAGUGAUGUUGAUUCUAAUUCGUGAAUUUGUUUCUCCGGAUGAAGAAAUGAAGAAAAUUGUCUUGAAGGUGGUGAAACAAUGUUGCGCUACAGAUGGUGUGGAAAGAGGUUACAUUCGCGACGAAAUUCUUGGACCUUUCUUUAAGGCUUUCUGGAAUCAUCGCAUGGCAAUGGAUAGACGAAAUUACAGGCAACUUGUCGAUACUACCGUUGAAAUUGCUCAGAAAGUUGGUUGUGCAGAGAUGAUUGCAAGAGUUGUUGACGAUUUAAAAGACGAAAACGAACAAUAUCGAAAAAUGGUUAUGGAAACUAUCGAAAAUAUCAUUGCUCUUCAAGGAACGAAUGAAAUCGACGACCGCUUGGAAGAACAGCUUAUUGAUGGAAUCCUUUAUGCUUUCCAGGAGCAAACACAAGAAGAUACGGUGAUGCUUGAUGGUUUUGGAACAGUUUGUAGAGGGCUCGGUCUACGCUGCAAGGCGUAUAUUCCUCAAAUUUGUGGUACUAUUCUUUGGCGAUUGAACAACAAGGCCGCAAAAGUUCGUCAACAAGCUGCUGAUUUGAUUGCUCGCGUUGCCUCGGUCAUGCAACUUUGUGAGGAAGAGAAACUUAUGAGCCAUCUUGGGAUCGUUUUAUACGAAUAUCUUGGAGAAGAAUAUCCCGAGGUACUUGGCUCAAUUCUUGGAGCGUUGAAAGCCAUCGCUAAUGUCAUCGGAAUGACAAAAAUGUCACCACCGGUGAAAGAUCUAUUACCUCGGCUAACACCCAUUCUCAAGAACAGACACGAAAAAGUGCAAGAAAAUUGUGUGGAUCUUGUUGGUGCAAUUGCUGACCGUGGUUCAGAGUUUGUAUCUGCUAGAGAAUGGAUGCGCAUCUGCUUCGAACUUUUGGAAUUGCUGAAAGCGCACAAGAAAAGCAUUCGACGAGCGGCUAUCGUUACUUUUGGAUAUAUUGCAAAGGCUAUCGGUCCUCAUGAUGUGCUUGCUACACUUUUGAACAACUUGAAAGUACAAGAACGUCAGUUGCGUGUCUGCACAACAGUUGCUAUUGCCAUUGUGGCCGAAACUUGUGCGCCAUUCACGGUUUUGCCAGCUAUUAUGAACGAAUAUCGAGUGCCAGAAAUGAACGUGCAAAAUGGAGUCUUGAAAGCACUCGCCUUUAUGUUUGAGUACAUUGGUGAGAUGGCCAAAGAUUACAUUUACGCAAUCGUACCAUUGUUGCAAGAUGCUUUGAUGGAGCGAGAUGUCGUGCAUAGGCAAAUUGCUAUCGAUGCCGUCGCUCAUCUUUCAUUGGGUGUCUACGGUUUUGGUUGUGAGGAUGCGUUGAUGCAUCUCCUUAAUUAUGUUUGGCCCAAUAUGCUUGAGAAUUCUCCCCAUUUGAUUCAACGGUACAUUCUUGCUUGUGAAGGGAUGCGUGUUUCAUUGGGACCGAUUAAGGUUUUCCAAUAUUGCCUUCAAGCGAUGUGGCAUCCUGCUAGAAAAGUACGAGAACCUGUCUGGAAGGUAUACAAUAAUUUGAUCCUUGGUUCUGCAGACGCAAUCGUUGCUGCCUAUCCUCGUGUUCCCGGCGAUGAAAAGAAUGACUUUAUUCGACAUGAAUUAGAUUACAUCCUU